AUGAAAAGAGUAAAGAUAAUCUACCAAGAUAGUGUAAACUUCCUCUUUGAGCUCCAAGGAGACAUUCCUGUAACAGUUUUUAAGUCAAUAAUCAGAAAUAUAUUAAAGGCUAACUAUGAAAUUGAGUUACAGAAGAUGGAUAUUAAGCUGUCUAAUGAUAUGUAUGUACUUGACUGUUUUUACACGUCAGUGUUACAGAAUGAUGAUGAGCUAUAUAUUAACAGUUCUAUUCUAGAGCAGGAACAGUAUAGUAAUAUAGAGAUAAAGAAUUGGAAAAUAAGAGAAGCUAUGAAUCAGUUCUACUGUGAUUUGGAUGAUGAUAGUGGCAAGAAACAUCGUCAAAAUGGAAAUCAAAACAAAAACGGAUCUAAAGAUUCCAACAAGGAUAUCUUGAAGAAAUUUGAUCCUGUAUCACCCGAUUAUAAGGCUAAGAUAAUUACUAAGGAGAUGCGUUUUGUUACAAAUGUUAAUAGACAACAGACUAAAUCUAAACAACCAGAUAGCAAAAAUAAGAAAGAAGAAUUGAAAACUAAAUCUGAUUCUAAAAAUGUUUAUUCAUCUAAUUCAACUUCUGAAGAAGCUAUGGAUAGCAUUAAAGUUGAUGAACCUGCUAAUAAUUGA